ACCUCGUGACCCCGCCCCUCCCUCUCACAAAUCGGCACGAAAAUGUCAACAUAGACGAGUCGACAUCUGGCAGGCAGUUUCGGCCGACGGUGGCCGAAUUGGAAGUCUUCGGCCUGAGGAUGAUUUGAGCUAAAAGAGCGACGAUGCUGGCAACCCCUCCGAGCUCGACGGACGCCAGUCCGGACGAGAAAACUGCGAUCAAGUCGCACCUCCACUACACACAGUCGCUGACGGAAAUUCCACAUCACCAAAGGAGGAGCAGCAGGUGGUUGGAUGGAAUUCAAAGGAGACACGUCGUGGCAAUUCUGGCCUUUCUUGGAUUUUGUCAAGUCUACUCGCUGCGAGUCAAUCUGAGCGUGGCUAUCGUGGCCAUGACUGCGAACAGGACAAUCAACAAAGAUGGACACCUUUCUUAUGAGCAAGAUUUCAACUGGGAUAGUCGCUCUCAAGGAAUAAUUUUGAGUUCGUUCUUCUACGGCUAUGCAGUCACUCAAAUUCCCGGAGGAUGGUUAGCCACACAAAUUGGAGGAAAGAAAUUGUUUGGCCUGGGAAUUUUGGUCACGGCCAUAAUCACCCUGCUAACCCCGAUAUUGGCCUGGGCUGGAUUUUACUUUUUGGUCAUCGGCAGAGUUAUCGAAGGAUUUUUUGAGGGUGUCACAUAUCCCAGCAUCCAUGCUGUGUGGAGCCGCUGGGCACCGCCUUUGGAAAGAAGUCGCUUGGUCACAAUUGCUUUUUCUGGAAGUUACUUCGGAACUGUCAUUUCUCUGCCCCUGUCUGGAUAUUUGGCUGAAACCUACGGCUGGCCUUCCAUAUUUUACGUUUUUGGUUUGAUUGCAAUUGUGUGGUGCAUCGUUUGGCUUAACGUGGUCAGCGAGACUCCCCAAGAGGACAGAAAAAUCACCGAGGAAGAACUUGAUUACAUCAGAGCAACUGUUGGUCCUUCAGCAAACCAUGUGAAGGUGAACAUGGACGUCCCUUGGAAACGGUUCAUCACAUCCCUGCCAGUUUGGGCCAUUAUGCUGGCUCACUUCAGUGAAAACUGGGGCUUCUAUACUCUGCUUACGGAACUGCCUACUUUCAUGAAUGACGUUCUUGGAUUUGACCUGAAACAUGCUGGUCUCCUAUCAGCCCUUCCAUAUCUAGUCAUGGGCAUUGUGGUCCAAGUCGGAGGCCACUUUGCAGACCACCUCAUCUCACAUGGCUACUUAACAUCGACAAAAGUUCGCAAACUGUGCACUUGCGGAGCUUUCAUCUUCCAAACGAUUUUUCUGCUGGCCGCAGCUCACGCCACAAGUGCAACUGCCAUCGUUGCUUUCUUGACCGUGGCUGUUGGUUUCGGAGGUUUCGCCUGGGCCGGCUUCAGCGUCAACCCUUUGGACAUUGCCCCUCAGUUCGCGAGUAUUUUGAUGGGUCUGUCCAACACGGUGGCAACUCUGCCUGGAAUGGUCAGCCCUCUUCUAACAGGCCAUCUUGUUCAACACAAGACACCUGAGGAGUGGCAAACGGUUUUCUACAUUGCUGGCGGAAUUUACUUGGCAGGAGCUGUGUUCUUUGGUCUCUUUGCCUCUGGCAAAUUGCAGCGGUGGGCAGAGCUCCAGGAUGGUGAGACUUUGUGUGCCGAAACGCACUCACGAGCUUCCACAGAGGACCUCCCUUUUGGUUCUGGCACUUGCGGCGAUUCAGAUUAAUUUGAAACUAUCAGCUACAUAUAUAUUAAUAAUAUAGAUGUUAUUGCCAAAAUUUAUCCACAUUUUAAAGACCAGAAACGUCAAUUAUUUUCAUUUUUACAAAUUUCAUUGGAUUCAGGGUAUGUAAAAUCUGUGGAGUUGAGUUGAAAGGCUGGCUGAUCGAUCAAUUACAAGUCAAUUAAAAUGAAACACUCAGUUGACCGCCCAUUGAAAGCUAUGCCUGGAUGGACAAAUUUUCAAAUAGAAUCAGGAAAUGGCUGCCAUAUCUUUUUUGUAUACAAAGUUUAUAAUCUGCACUGUUUGUUUUUAUAAUUAUUUGGCAUCAUUCAAAUCAGAUCAAACUAUUAAUAUUUAAAAUAUGGAUUUUAUUAUAACGAUUAAAAAAAAAAAACAUUUGAAAAUAGUUGAAAAUUAUGAUCUCUCAGAUUUGAUGCUGAUUCAAGUGGCACAAUGAUUCCUCGAAAGAAUUCCUUAACUAUAAUGUGAGCCACUUUAUUCUCAACAAUGUAGUCAGUAGUUUGCACUGCUUAUCAAAUGUUAUUAUAGACUUGCUUGAAGCACUCACUGUCAUUCCACAUAGUUGGGUUCAUUAUUUUGUAUUGCGAGACACAAAUCACAGUGGCGUUUUACUCAACUUGGAGUUAUUUUUUAAUUUUGUUUUGUGUGGUUGCCUAUACUUGACGAAUUAAUCACAAGCUCAUUAUUUGUAAAUAGCUUUGCUUAGUUUGUUGUUACAGCGAUUUUAGCGUUUUUGUCUAUUUUUGAAUUUAUUUUAGAUUUUAGGAAAAUGCGCGCAUUUCAGAAGCCCCAACCUGUGAUAACGUAAAUUGUAUGAUCCUUGGUUGAAAUACCCAUUCAUGAUAUUUCUCAGGAUCAAUUAUCCCAAACUCACUAGUGUUGAGCAUUGAUUUUCUAGUUUGUUCUUUGUUGUUGCUUUAAUUGUCUCUCUUUUUGUGUAAGUAAAAAUCAAACUGCAAAGUGGAUAUUUUAGGAAUUAUAUUUACUGUAAACAGAAUCUAUAUUAAUAUAGAAAUGCACAAUGAAUGCUUGAAAUUGCACCCGCACUGUUAAAUAGCUUAAAAAAGUUUAUUAAUUAUUGUUUCAAUCAAUAUGUUUGGUGCUUUUAUCUUGCAAAUUAUUGUCUAUUUUGGUUCACAAUUAGAUAUUCUAUAUAUCCUAAUGUAUGUUGUAUGGAAUAAAUAAAUCUAUUUACCUGCAAGAAUAUAUACGUGCGGGAAUU